AUGAUCUUUGGCUGGAAAAUAAUUCAGGGUGGUAUUCCGGUAGCCUCCAUUCUAGCUAUUCGUGGCAUUUCUGUGGAUUUGGUUUGCUGCUUCAGCCGGAGAAAGCAGGAGACAGUCGACCAUUUGUUUCGAGACUGUGAUUUUGUUGCUCCCUUGUGGGUUCGCAGCUCGUUUCAUUUCAACAGCCAAGGUCUUCUUCAUCGACCCUUCCUCCAAUGGUUUUCUGUUAUGGUCUCGUUAUUAGCAGCUGCUAAGGACUGGGAGAACCUGGUGCAGUUUUUCUCCCUUCUUUGGGCUAUUUGGUUGUCCCGUAAUAAUGUACGUUUCCGGCAACAGAUUGUCUCUCCCGAUGAUGUUUUACUUAUUGCUUCUCAGUGGAAGGUGCGGGGGAUGCAAGCUCAGGAUUCUCACCUUUCCUCCUCUAAUUUGGGUCCUAGUCCUAGGCCGGCUAGUUUGGGGUUUGCUGCCACGCUUGCUGGGGACCCUACAUCGGGGUUUGAUAUCUGUUUGAUCAGUGAUGGGUCUUGGUCUUCCUCCGACAACUCGGCAGGUGCUGGUUGGGUCUUUCGUGAUUGUGACUCUCCUUUAAUCCGUGGGGGAGGGGCUCGUGCCUCUCUCUCUUCUUCAGCCUUACAGUCUAAGUUACAAGCUUGUUUCUGGGGGUUACGCAGUGCCUUUUCUCGUGGUUUUUGUAGGAUUCUUAUUUACUCGGACUGUGAACCUCUGUGUCUGAUGUUAACCCAUCAAUAG